ACACCUAGAGGUGGUAGAACCAGGGUAUUGUCUCUUGGACUGGCUAAUUGACCAUAUGUGUCAACGAUGCACAUCCCUUGAACGUGAAUAUAGACAGUACAGCACUGCUCCACACAGCUUCAUCGUUCACGCAGACAGAAGCAUCAUCACUGGUCCAGGAAAGAAUAAGGAGGUCAAGAAGGGGAAGAAGAAGAUCCUCCAGGACAUAGAGAAGAAAGUGUCAGCUCUCAGGAACACGCUCGGGGGACAUCUGCUGGUUCACCUACACGGACAGAAGGAGGGAGACAGGUAUCUGGAGUACUUCCAUGAGUUUGUGGACAAAACUCUACAGGACCUGAUUGAGUGUGGAUCUUCCUAUGUGGAUAAUUAUCGCACGACAUGGUUGCAUGAGAUACCAUGCUUUGAAAACGUUAACGAUGUUUUAUUGAUAGAUGUAACCCGCACAUGCGGAAUUUCAACAGCAAAUGUUAACACAAAGAUAUGUAAUGACUUUGAAAACACAAGCCCUACAACAUUUAAUUUAGUUUACUUGCUGGCACAUUCUCGAUACGAGGCAUCACAUGGUGCACCUGCUUUAAAGGGAAUUGAUCAAGACAAGCUGCAGCUGUACCAAGAAUCUCAGAAUGUUGAACUGAAACUGUUCUGUCCAAAGAAUGACAUCUCACAUGUGCAGUAUAUUUGGGAAGAUCUUAAACUCAAGGACAAUAUAACGUCGAUGUCUAAAGUUCCUGGUGGAGGGUCAUAUUAUGUGGGAGUAGAGGAAAGAGUGGUCACAGAGAGCGGUUACAAGACUAAAGUACCCUAUUUUGUCGGUUUUCAGGUUGAUAAUCCAGAAGAACUUAAGGAAGGUCUGCAAAUCAAGCUAAACAAGGAACUUUGUGUGUUAUCUUUCACUGGUGAAUUUGGUCACCCACCGUCUGACCUGGUCCAAAUAGGAAUCCAUAGACUCCCUGGCGUAGGGAACAAGUGUGUACUUGAAGUAGCAGUGAGGUUCUUUGGUGGGAUUGUCUUCUGUGACAAACAGGGGCCAAGAAUUUAUGAAAUACAGAAUCAUGGUAUAUGCAGAAUGGAAAGGUCUGAGUGGCUACGAAGAAUCCUGCAGCUCCCUUCGUGGAAAGUGAUACAAACAAAUGAGGUGGAGACUGAGAGUGAACACAAUCUAAACACACAGAACAUAAUCUAUUCCCGUACAUAAAAGACGUGCAGUGAAUACAGUGACUGUAUUCUUAUUUUACUCAAGCCUUUAUUGAAAAUAUAUUUAGUUUUGCAUUGUACUUAUCAUUAAGUUGGAACAGAUAGUGACUGGCUUGACACUUGGAUUUCAAUAUUUGUAAGAGAAUACAACAAAAUUUGACUUAACUGUGUGUUUUGUGUCUUUGGGAAAAGACUUUAUCAUAUAAAUCAAAGAGCGCUAUCUCACAGAAGUCAGAAUGUCGUCCACCGAGAGUGAAGAUUCGGAUUUGUCCAGCGCCUACAGCUCUGACGGGGAGGUCCAGCUCUCCAUCACCAGACCACAGAGGACACCAGGGCUCAAGUAUCUGGACUUUGAUGGUAGGGGUAUAUCUCACACUGAUUCAUUUCAGCAAUACAAGUAUCAUUAUCAGUAGUUGGUAGCGGUACCCUGGUACCGCUCCUGGCUUCCGAUUGGUCGGUUGGUCUGAUGACGUCACUUCUGGUUUCGGUUUGGUCACGUGACUGCGCAUGCGCACAGGGCAUGAUGGGUCCUGCGUGCGCAUCCAAGAUGGCGGCACAUCCGUUUCCGGUGGCGUGUGCCUCCAAGAGGGCGUCGCCUCCGUUUCCGGGGAAGGGGAAAAACCCAGAGAAGCUGUCGUAAAAGGUGAACAAGAUCGACAUUGAAAGAAGCGCGUCAAUUUGCACUGAUAAUUUAUAAUAUACUUUUAUAAUUA